CAGCUUGGGCGGAUACAUGCAUGUGGCCUCUCAGAAUAGCAGCAGAUUGUGGCCUGUACUUGAGGGAGAAACAACAGUACACCGCUGCAGUGAAAGAGCUUCCUUAGCGCGCCAAGAAUCGAAGAAGCCCAGCGUGCAGUUACAACCCAUCGAUGCCUCUUUGCUCUCCUUCCCACCCCCUCCCCAGCACCACCACUGUUGCGUGCUUUGUCUUUGAGGCUUCUUGCUGUCUUCUAGCGUGCAGCCGCCUUCUUGCACCUUCUGAUCGCCGGGAGCAAACGUUUCUCCGAGCUCGCAGCCCACACAAAGCCUUGCAGUGCCGCUAUCCGUCGGGCUCACUGAAGCACGCCCUGCCUGUGAGUAGUCGGUCCCGCCUGCCCUUCACCUCGCCUACCCUAUUUAUCCCCCACGACCACGUCUCCAGACGCCUGCUCUCCUCUUCACCUCUGCGUCAACUCGCUUCACCUCCUUUGUCUGCGGCUUUCGGCUGCACGCUCCGCUUACACACCGCCUUAUUGGCAAAAAGCCUCAUACUGACCGACACUACCGAAGCAGGCUGAACCUCGCCCAUAACAACAACACCACCACCACCUCUGCGUCCCCACCGACGCUUCGACCACUCCACCACAUCGACUGCAGGCCAGCCUCCUCAAGGCUGAACCCUCAGCAAGCAUGACGACAAUGGUAUGCCUCGACCCCGCUCACCGUCAUCACACACGGGCACGAUAACGCGAGCUGUGAGGCUAACUAUAGCAGGAUCUCCGUGUCGGCAACAAGUACAGAAUCGGCCGCAAGAUUG